CAAACCCUUGCCAUGCGAUGUCGCUGCAGAGCCCCAGACUUCGACAUUACAGGACCAUGACAGCGAUCUGCUUCGUGUGCAACCUGCCGAUCCUGAGUCAUCAGGUCGGAUUAGUAUGGCAGGGCGGCAACGGCUGGGACGACCUCAUGCGGGAACAGCUGGAGGAAUCCACCCUGAAGCAACGACUGGGGACGGGCAGACGGGACUCCGCGGCGCAGAUCACGUCGAUCUCGCCGCCGGACGACACCCAUGAGUCCUCGCCGACGAAUCAACGCCGUCGGCGAUCCAGCCUCGCUCAGCUGACUGACAUCCUGCGCGAAUGGAGCGGCGGCGGUGCCUCCGGGAAAAGCGGACGUAGUAACAAGCUCUGUCGCAGGGAGACUCUGGCGGACAUCGCCAAGUCGCUGCCAUGGUCGCGGCAAACCACCUCGGACGGCAGCCACCUGAGCAUGCGGAAGAGGCGGGAGAGCUCGGUCGACAGCGGCAUCAGGAGCCAGGUGUCGACCAAGUCCAGACGGGACUCCACCAUCAGCGACUUCAAGAACGACCUCGUCAGGCUGUGGAGCAAGAAGGAGGUGCCGCAGCCGCCUCCCACGGUCAUCUCGCCCACGCCGAGACGAGGUUCGGGCGAGUCAAGAAACUCUCGUCGCGGCUCGGGUGAGAGCUUGAGGUCCAGGAGGGAUUCGAUGAUCACGUCACAAUCUACGAGUAGCGAGCAUAAACACAAGUGUCGUCAUCAUAGACGUAGGCAGUCUCAACAGUCGGUCGACGGGAAUAUUAUGACGCCUACAAAAUACUACAGGAACGACCAAAGGCCGAGCGCUUCAAGCACAGAUAGUGCGGCUAGUAAUGCGGUCAGGGAACAUCUGGAAGCUCAGAGGAAUUCCAUGGACAGUAGGUCGAACAGUACCGAGACGAAGACCCAACCGCCGGCCCUCCUCAUGACCAACACGAAAACGACGGUGACGACGUCGACGUCUUUGAUGGUCGAUGGUAAGACGCCCAUCGUCACUACAACGGCCGAUUCGAAGACGUCGAUGGUAACGGUGAGCACCACGAUGGGCAUGUCCACUCUGUCGUCCUUGACUGUGGACACGAAGACCGCGGUCGAGAGCAAAUGUGCCAACCUGGACGUAUCUGUGAAUCCGCCGACUAUCGUCAUGUCCUCGGUAACACCACCGGCGAUCUCACCGACGGUCGGAAGCAGCCUCCCGCUUCCUGGCACCUCGACUUCCGGCAGCUCCAGCCCGGUCGGUUCUCCGAACGUCAACAACACACCUACGCAUCCGUUGCUUUCCACCAGGAGGGAUUCGACUACGCAGUGUUACUAUAAGGGUAAGGAAGUAUCGCCGAACAAACUGUCAAGACUGAUACGCCAGCAGGCAGCGAUAGACGAAUCGAUGCCACCCACAGGACGACGUGGUAGCCAACCAACCCUGUUACCCGACCCAGAUGAUGGGGGUCGGAAAGCACGGAGGGAUUCUUUAAGCCCGGACUCCGCUUCUGACCCGCGGCGGCGCGAUUCUAGGAGUCAUUUGAGCCCCGACAGAAACGUCGAUAAGAGGGACAUCAGCCCUAUCAGGCAGAGGAAAGCUCGACUGAGAAGACAGUCCACUUCCAUGGCUGGUCGGCCACCGAGAUCGCCGGACAGCUCUUCGUGUUCGUCCAGGGAUCCUAGCCCUUGCGCCCGUGCACCGAGCGGCAUCCAGCAUGCGCCGAUAAUACGACGGCAAUCGACCACGGAGGAGAUCCUGAUAGCGCGCGGAUUUCGACGGCAGAGCACCACCGAGGAGAUGAUACGAUGCCGCAAUUUUCGACGACAGAGUUCUCAGAGUGACGACACGGUUCAAAGGUAUCGUGGUCGAAGGGACAGCUCGGCUCAAAUCACAGACGGCACUUUUGCGACGAUGACGGUUGAGACGUCCAGCACCUUUUUCGACAGCAGCACCCAGACUGAACCCUCGCCGUUGUACGACAACAACCACUACCAUGAGGAGUGCCUAAAAUGUAACAGCUGCGGCCUGAAUCUCACGGGACCCAAUCAGAAGCGGGCGAGACGGUUCAAGAACCAGAUACUUUGUGAUCUGCACUUUGCCGACGUGGCGCUGAUGGAGUGCUCGGACUUCAUGCAGCAGUUGCGCAGCUUCAAACCACAAAGUUUAGGCUGCGCAGUUGCGAGAAGAAAGUCCUCGACUACCUUGAUCUUCCCGCUGCCACCUCAAGCGUGCACCGAGGAAUUCUGCCAAGACUAUCCGCACAACCUGACAUCGACGGCCGGCUAUUGGAUCGAAUGUUCGCGGCCGCAGAUCGCGUCGGAUACAAUUUGGGACGAGACUGAGAGCGAUCGCGAGGCUACCGAUCCGGAGCACGGGGAGGAGCAGUCGGAGCCGUUGUCGAUGCUGAAGCAUAUACAGCAAGACAACAGAUUCUGUCUAUUCGAGGAGAACGAAGUCGACACGGACGAUGUGCCACGGAAGAAAACCGCCAUCGAGGAGCAAUGGGAGAAAAAUCAAGGCUUCGAGCUCACCUCGGUCGAGCAAGAGACCUACGAGAAGUACUUCUACGGCUCGGAGCACUGGAAUUACUUCACGAACGACGAGGAUCUCGGACCGGUGAUACUCAGCAUCAAGCAAGAGAUGCUCAACAAUCGGGACCAAUUCAGGAUCCUGGUUAGAGCCAUCAGUUACACGGUCCACGGCCUUAUCCCCGCCAGCUGCGUCUUUGCUGACCGGUACAAUCGUGAAGAAGUAGUACGUAGCCUCGGCAAGGAGGUGAACAUCAAUCCGCCGCUGACCUUGGGCCAGUUGCCAGACACGCCCGAAGAACUUCUGAAGCUCGAUCAAGUUUUUAUCAAGUCCGAGCUGAAAGUGGGGGUGAUGUAUAUACAGGAAAAUCAGAUUACCGAGGAGCAGAUACUCGACAACAACGGCAACUCGCCGCUCUUCGAGGAGUUUCUGCAGAUUCUCGGCGACAAGAUCAGAUUGAAGGGUUUCGAUAAGUACAAAGGCGGUCUCGACACCGUGCACGAUUUGACGGGCCUAUAUUCUGUCUACACCAACUGGAGGGGCAUCGAGAUAAUGUUUCACGUGUCCACUCUAUUGCCUUACGAGAAGCACGACCCUCAAAAGCUCCAGAGAAAGAGACACAUCGGCAACGAUAUAGUAUGCGUCGUGUUUCUGGAAGCCGACAACACAAAGUUCAGUCCAGCUUGCAUCAAGUCGCAUUUUUUGCACACGUUUAUUGUGGUGCGAGUAAGUCCACGGAUAAAGCGGAAAAUCACGAGAUAUGAGGUAUCCGUGGUCACGAGGGACGAAGUUGGGGCCUAUAAACCGUAUCUGUGGGAGCAAAGCGUUUUUGAAAAAGGUCCGAUGUUCCGCGAAUGGAUUUUAACGAAAAUCGUAAACGGCGAGAGGGCGAGUUAUUCAGCGCCGAAAUUCGCGAGGAUGCAGGAGAGGACGAGGAGUCAAAUGUUGGAGGACAUCGUGGCGAAUCUCGCGAAUCAUGCGGAAACUGGGCAAAUCCCGAAGCCGUAUAGACGAGGUUCUUGGCGACCGAUUGGACACAUGCGACCGUCCUCGCCUUUGUUGGAUUCGGUACGAGAUCAGUUCGAGGACUAUGAUCAACUCGCGAAGGACUUCACCCGAGUGUUCCUUAAUAACACAGCGAAUAUGACGCUAAACGCUAGUCUGUUCGAUGUCUCCUUCCUCGUGCCGGGGCAGCAAAAACAAAAAGUCAGAUUCAUCGGUGUUAGGGCGAUUUUAGCAGUGAGAAGCAGAGUGUUCCAAGAAAUGCUGUAUGGUAUCCAAGCGGGCUUCGGGAGCCCGCAAGUACCAGUUGCCGAGUUACUCGCGAGACCGGCGCCGACAUUGCUCAGCCCGCAGAAACCGAAGAGCUCGAAUUUUCUUCAAGUUCCCGAUAUGGAAAGUCCUAGGCCCAAAAGCGUCCCCUCGUCGCCGAUGGUGAAACGGGCCUUCUCACGAUUGGGUACGAUCACCGCCGGAUGGGGAAGGAGCAUUAGGAAGCACGGCAGUGGAAAUGCCCUGCAGAGCGAGGAUCGAAAACGAUGGGCCAGCUCGCAAGACUGCAGUAAUAAGGAAGCGAAAGAUAAAGAUAAAGCGGCCCAAUCAUUGGCAGUGCCGAGGCUCAGCGUUUGCGCGGACGCGCAGAAAGUGGACAGAGCGAAACUAGCACAGACCGAGUUCGACAUUAUCGAGUUCGAUCCGGAAACGUUCCGAAUUCUGCUGGACUAUCUGCACACCGGAUCCUGCCCGCUGACGUGCAGCAACGUACCAGGUCUAAUAUGCGCCGCGGAGCACUACGACCUGCCCGAGCUUCUCCAGGCUUGCAUGCAUCACGUCAAGCAGUUCCUCAGAAUAGAUGUCGUCUGCGUGAUGCUCUGCGUCCUCGAGAAUUACUACUGGCGUUACACGUCCGCCUUGCAACUGCUCAAUACAGUCCUUACGUUCAUCGACCACAUGCCGUAUCAGCUCUUCCAGAGGCCGGACUUUCUCACGCUGAGUGAGUCGAUGGUGCAGACGAUCAUGUCCCGUCAAACUCUCGAAGUAACGGAGAUCAAGAAGUUCGAGGCGAUGCUGAACUGGGCGAAUCACCGAAUCAAAACCAAGACGAAGACCGACGCCAUGGUAGAGUUCAAAUGUAUCAUGGACAGGCUCAGUAGGGAUCUUAAAUUAUUCGACAUAACACCUCAAGAACUGAUCAGGAUCGUGCUGCCGUCGAAGGCCAUAAAGAACGAGCGUAUUCUCGAGACCCUGAUGGAGCAAGCGAACAAAGGCACCUACAGAAACGUCGACACCUACUUGGAGGCGUAUCAGAAGAAAGUGCAGCACGAAGACAGCUACGACUACGGGCUAUAAGAAUAUCGAUGGAAACGCGCGAGAGACGUCGCGUAGGACGAUGUGUACCUGAAGACACUUUUCGACGAUCGACCGACGAAUUCUCCGACUACGGGAAUGUCUUAUUUCGUCUCAUCGCCGUUCUGCAACUAUGUUGCGCCACCGGACUCGUUGCGCGCGGAUAAUCGCGACCUUUUUUUUUUGCUGCAGUGAUCUGUAAUUAGAACGUCAAGCGACCGUGAUAUUCGAUACGUAGAAGAGGAUAAUUACACUGCGGAGCCUGACAAGAGUUAUGAUAGAUUGCUCCGAGAUCGUAUAAGGUCGCUGCUGCUAGGGCCACUCGACGAAUAAUGAGUUUAGAUACAGUCCCGGCUCCACUCGCACAAACUUUGCUCGAUAUUCGCACGGUAAUUCAAUCGCGUCUGGUGGCUCAAGCUGCUGCCCUUGUUUUGUUCGUGCCAUCGCGGUAAAUCAUCCGCCGGGGGAAAAUUGACGUAAUCCCGAUAUCCCGCGAUCGCGUCGUAUUCGCAAACUGAUCCGAUUAACUUGACGAAGAGGGAUUUUUAAGAGGAUGUGAAAAAAAAGUAAACGUGAACUUUUUUUCUCCCUUCGCCAAGAAGUUAAUCGUUUGCGAACACGACGGUCGCGGGACGUCGGCACUACGAUGAAAGGAACUUCGAAAGUUUCCGCUUAUUCGACAAAUAUCACGGUAAAACCGUGAAAUAUCGUCCCCCGCGCUAGUGGAAAGAAAAGUUUCACAUGUGUCGUGUAAAUGGUUUUCGGCAUAAUUACGAGAACUUUUAAAGUGUACACGAAGAAUAGACUUUCCUUCCGGUUCUUAAGAUGUAAAGUUCGCCUUAUAACAAUGCUUCCAUAAUUUCGUGGUCUCUCAUCGCGUUAGUCUAAUUUUCAUCAUAUCAUUAUCAUAUCGUGUAUCAAGAUACACUCAGAAAAAUGACUUAGCAAUAGCAGCUAAAUCUCAUUAGCCAGCUCGAACUUUGCCGUCAUUGCUAAAAGUUGGCUGUUAGAAGUAAAACGCAUUUGCUGCGAGGUACAAUGUUAUUAAUUGAAAUUAUUAGCCAACGAGUAGCCAAAAUUGAUUAGCUGUACUAAUUACACCAUACAUAGACAAUACGAAAGACGUUUAUAUCAAUCGACGAAAUAGUCUAGUACCUGAAGUAAUUGACCCAAAGGUCUUCGAUGUCAUCAGUGCUUAAACGUGAUUUUCAAAUAUGGUAUAGCAUUAAAUCGCGUAAAACUUUCAGGCAAAAUCAUCAUAUGCUUAAUCUUAUUCUUAAGGACAACUUGUUUAAAAAAAGAACCCUAUUGAAAAUUUCCUGAUGGAUUUCUAUGGAAAUCCAUAGAAAUUUAUGUCCAUAUAGGAUAAUAAAAAUCUAUGUAAGAAUCCACAUGAUUUGUGAAAAUUCAUAUAGGAAAUCCACACGGAUUCUUAUCUAGGAUCUGAGUUUUUUGCGCAAAUCCUCAGAGGUAACUAUGCAAUUCUAUAUGGAUUUCCUAUAUGAAUUCCUACCUGGUCUUUUCAACAGGGAAAAAGUAUUAAAUUUCUUCGGAAUGUGGAGUUCCAAAUGUGAAUAUGAUUUUAGUAUUAUCGUGCAUUCUAGCUAAUAUUUUUCAUUGUAGCGCCUAAAUUCAAACGGCUAGUAAAUUUAGCUGCGGCAGCAACUAUAUUAGCUACCCCUAUUUCAAACACACAUUUUAGCCGCCACAGCUAAAUUUUAGCUGCUACGGCUAAUUCUUUCUCUGAGUGUAACAUUAGCAUUAAAAAUUAUAUUUAUACGCCUUCUUACUGCUUCUUUUUUCUAGGAUCUUUGAAAACAUAUGCGCAUUUAACAUCAUUUUUCAUUCGAAUUUCGUACGAGUUUUUAUGACUCGUCUUUUUAUAGAGUACGUUAUAUUUUCAAUAGCAGAAAAUGUUCUUCCAAGGUCUCAAAAGGCAGCGAGUACUUAGUAUUGAUGAAUUGAGAGAGGGGAUGAGAAGUGGGGAACGCAAUUACGACGUGAUCGGCGUUUCGUAUUAAAGUUUUGCGAGUAGGCGUCAUCAAUCUUCGAUGCAGGAUUUGCUACGUGUUAAUUCUAAUACGCGAUCGAUAAAUGGAGUGUACUAUCGAUCGACGGGCUGAGGUCUCGCGAACGCGAGAAGCAUCACAGUUUUCUUACCAUUAAUAAGGAGAUUUCGCGCGCGCGGAAAUUCGGUUUAGAUAGGGAUCGAGGUAAUUAAUUAAGAAGAACUGUGUCGCAGCUGAAUCACUAUGCCGCGGCACUGCGAGUGGACAACGACAAGGACAAGUGUGGCCAGUGAUAUUUUUCCGUGCGGCAUUGUCACCUGUUACGCGUACAUGAGACAAGAACGACAGCAACGGAGAAUGAACUGACGAUACAACGUCGUUGUCGCGAGCAUGAGGCGCGAUGUUAACGCGAUCGAAUGAAAGGAAACCUCUGUAAUCAUCGACUGGAGAUUCUCGAGGGCGCGUGCAUAUUGUAGCCAGAGAUAUCGACGGCAUUUAAUAAAUUGCCGACAUGUGACAAUCUGUAUUAUAAAAAGAAAAACACUGAACUAAUAACACAUAUAAAAAAUAAUAUUCAUUAAAAGAAGUUUACUACUAUAGAUAAGCUUAAAAGAGUAUAAA